GCCCUCGACCGAGAAACCCCACGCCAGUCCUCUGGCUCACUUCCCCACCCUCGAGGGAAAGCAAAGAUUUGGAGCCCUCUCUCGAGUCUCCCCAUGGAAGCUGUCGCUCCAGGGACCUCCUUCGCGGUAUUUCGCACAUCCUGUUGGCGGCGCGGUUCUCGUGCGGGGAUCCCUGCUCUUCGCGAUUUCUCAGGUGUGCGGUGCCGGAAACGUGCCCUUCGUCUCCGUGCGGCGGCGACGUCGUCGGACGUUGGACGUAUCGAUGCUAGUCGGGGUUCGGAACCAGUGGAGGUGAUAGGGAUCGGAAGUAGGAAGGAUGCAGUCAUCGAUUUCUGCUUGAAUUCUCCCACCGUUUCCGCCUCUUGCCUCAGAUUUUGGACUAUACAAAUGAGAGAUUCUUUUAAGGUGCAAUUACUUCAAAGGUGUCAUGGAACAGGCAUGGUUCAAGGAAAUGUAGAGUUUCUAUUGUCACUGCAUCAACAUCCCCCGGCUGUCAUUCUUGUUGCCAGUUCAGGACAUGGCUUGGAUCAUAUUACAGCUAUAGAACUUCUGAAUGUUGUCAAGUCAGCUGGCGGGUUGGCUGUUGCAAUUUUAUUGAAGCCCUUUAAUUUUGAGGGACAAAGACGGCAGGAAGAGGUAAAAAAAUUGGAAAUCCAACUUAAAGAUUGCUCGCACUUUCAUAUUGUGGUUGAAGCAGAUUCUUUACUGAAAAGAGAAGUAGAAACACUUGCUGAAGCUCUGGAAACUGCAAAUAAUGCUGUCUUCUUGGCUUUAAGCACAAUUUCUAUUAUGAUAUCUGAGACUCAUCUGAAGUUUCAGAAUUCACCAGAUGGACAGAUGAAAGAACUUGGACCAAUGGAAAUAGAAAAAAUUUUACAAAGCUAUGGAGAAGCUAAAGUUGGUUUUGGAGCUGGCUAUGACAUUAAAUCAUCAAUUAAACAGGCUAUUGUCCAUUGUCCUUUUCUUGGUGGCAGUAUAAAGGAUUUUAAUGGCCCGAUUAUAUUCACCUUUGCAAGUGCAUCUGGUGUAAAUGAAAGUGAUGUACGUUCUUCUAUUAUUACCUUCCGUCAAAUUGCAGAAUCCAAAAGUGAAAUCAUAAUUUCUACAGUUCAAGAACCUCAUCUGGAAUCAAAUUUAGUCCUUACUACGCUUUUGAUUGUUGGAAGUAGUCAGAAUGUUGUUUCUCAUAAGAAGGGCCUUUUGACAAGUCUGGCUCUGCAUUUUCCGUUUCUCUCGUCACUCAUUGGGAGGGGCUUUUCCCAGCCACAAAAUGAUGUAGCAGUUUGUGCUUCUAAACCCAUGGUGGAUGCCUCGAGCCCCUCAGAUAAUGGGACCAUCUCAAAUUUGGAUUCAGCCAAGUGUGCUAUUGAUUAUCUUAAUCAGUGCCCUCAAGAAAUACAAAAUGAUGUAUCUACGGGAAUAACAAGUUCUGAAGUCGAAAGUGAAGCUAAAUCUUCAGAGUGGAGUCAUGAACUUGUCCACGAAAACAGUAAUGAAACUAAAAAUGAACAGCCAGGUAUUCAGGAUGACCAUCCUAGUAUUCAGAAUAUUGGUCCUGGAUUCGACAUUGCACAGCUAUGGGCUAAAGAGUGUGCUUUACAUGUAACUAACAAGGCAAAUGAAAUGGAAACUUUUUGUCUUCCUGUUGGUAUAAAACAAACUGAGAUUUUUCCUGAUCAUUAUAAUGACCCAAGGAUCCCAGACAAUUUGGAUGACUGUGACGGCAAUAAAGAAUCCUUGAAUAGCCAAACUGUUGCUUCUAGAGGUGCAGUGAUGGAUACAGGUUUGGAGGCUGUGCUAGGAAUCUAUAAUUCAGCAGUGACAAUGAUAAAGGGUGGAAAUUCAAUUGAAUGUCGUAAUGGCGGAUUGCUUUCUGCCCGUGCUGCAUCAAUGCUGGAAGCAGAAAGAGAAUCAGAAAAAAGUUGGACCCGUGUCAUAGAAAUUCAAUAUAAAGGAGGAAGUUACAGAGGAAGAUGCCAGGGAGGUCUUCCUGAAGGAAAGGGCCGUCUAACAUUCAAAGAUGGAAGCUUUUACGAUGGCAUGUGGCGUAAUGGAAAGAGGUGUGGUCUAGGUACAUUGUAUUACAGUAAUGGAGAUGUGUUCCAAGGAUCAUGGAGGGAUGAUCUUAUGCAUGGAAAGGGUUGGCUCUAUUUUCAUAGUGGGGACCGUUGGUUUGCGAACUUUUGGAAGGGAAAGGCCAACGGAGAAGGGAGAUUUUAUUCUAAGAGUGGCAGUAUAUAUUUUGGCAAUUUUAAAAAUGGUUGGCGCCAUGACCAAGGCCUGUGCAUUGAUAUUGAUGGAUUAAGGUGGACUGAGAUAUGGGAAGAAGGCAUCCUUGUUAGCAGGACUCAGCUGGACAAUGCUAUCACUGGCUAAUUGAGUUAAAUAUAUUUAAUGGAUCAGUUUGGAGGCACACGCACUUUGAUAUCUGAAGAUUCAUCUAGUUGCUCCAGUUAUUGAUAUCGCCUAGCCCGAAAGGUGUUGACCGAUGUUGCAAGCCAAUUUUAAUGGAAAGGUGGAUUAAGCAAUCAGUUUCUUGAAUGCUUGCUCUGUAAAGUGUAAAAAAUCCAUGCAUCGUGAGACUUGAUAAGAAUGAUUUUCUCUAGUAGCAUGAAGAUAUCCAUUCAUUCAAUACAAUUUAGCAGAUUAUGUCUUUAGGAUUUGGUAGAUCUGGUGGUGCUUGUACGUGAAUGAGUUAUAUUCUUGAUAGUGAGAUGGUCCUCUGUUGGUUAUCUGCAUUAUUGGGUCUUUGGAUUAGUAGAAAGUUGAAACUUGAAAGUCCUAUUUAGGUUUGUGUGUUCCACUGUUAAGGAAAAUUGAUGAUGUUUUUCCAUUUGUGGGGUAUAUGCAUCUUGUUUAUUCCA